CUCAAGUCACUCUUCACAUGGGGAAUGUUCCCAUGUCAGGUGAGAUACAUGAAGGAAAUGAUGUUUACUUGGAAUGCAACAUCCGGUCCAAUCCCUGGAUUCAAUCUGUGAACUGGCAGUUCGAGGGACGAGAUGUAAAAACAAAUUUUACCUCCCGAAUAAUGAUUAGCAACCACACCUUAGUGAUCCAGCGAGUCCAGUUGUAUCACCGAGGUCAUUUUACCUGCUCAGCAAGCAACAGCGAGGGACUGGGGAUCAGUAACAAGAUUUUUAUUAAUGUCAAAUACGCUCCCCAGUGUCAACCGGGACAGAAGUCCACUUAUGGGGUCGCCAAGCAAGAGACAGUCUACGUGUCCUGCAGUUUGGUAGCAGAUCCACCAGAUGUCACUUUCAGCUGGCUGUUCAACAGUUCCACUAAACACUCAAGUCAAAUCGACUACAGCAACAACAAGACACACAGCUGGGCCACCUUCACGCCCGAAACUGAUGAUGACUAUGGCACCAUACUUUGCUGGGGCACCAAUGAUAUUGGCAUCCAACGAAAGCCGUGUCUCUUCACCGUCGUCCCUGCUGGUAUCCUUUACAUACCUUUUUAUAAAACAACUCUUAACUGUAUGUUGAAUAUUAUUUUGUUGUACUCCUAAUAAAGCCGAACACAAGUAAUGAAAAUUAAUGAUUAUAAAUUAUACAUUACAAUAGUAUAUGUGAUACAUAUUAAAUUGACAUAAGUAGUCAGCUCAAGCCCUAAAUCUCAGCCUUACUUCGUCCGUCUGGUAUGAUUAUUUUCAUUCCGAGUCGAACACGUCCUUCGUUGUUUUCGAUUUGAG